AUGUCUUCGUCGUAUCCUGGUUCCGUUAGUGCCACACAGGUUGGCUCUUACUUUGUCGGACAGUACUAUCAGAUUCUCCGCCAGCAGCCGAAUCUCGUUCACCAGUUCUACUCCGAUUCCAGCAGUAUGAUUCGUGUUGACGGAGAUUCAGUUGAAACCGCCCACGAUGUGUUGCAAAUUCAUUCUAUUGUCUCGUUACUGAGUUUUACUGCGAUUGAGAUCAAAACAAUCAAUUCUCUUGAAUCUUGGGAUGGAGGUGUGCUUGUCAUGGUCUCAGGUUUUGUGAAGACAAAGGAUAUUAGUGGGAGGCGGAAGUUUGUUCAAACCUUCUUUCUUGCUCCUCAGGAGAAGGGUUACUUUGUACUGAAUGAUAUGUUUCACUUUGUUGACGAGGGAAUUACGUACCCAAAUAUGGUGCCAGUGGCAUCUGAAACGAUUGACACACAGCCGCAUGUGUCUUCUUCUCUUGCAGAACCUCAGGCAUCUUCUGACUACGGAUUGGAGGAAGAAGCCAGGGAAUAUGUCAACUCAGUUCAUCUAGAUGAUGAUCCAGUGGACAAGUAUAGUCUUCCUGAGCACCAGCAGCAGCUACACGAAGAUCUUGAAACAGAAGUUGUGGUGGAGGAAACUCCUGCACAGGAGGCAUCUCCACCAAUUCACAGUGUUGCACAUACUGUCCAAGAACCUCCUGUUACUCAUGUGGAAGAUUCUUUGGAAGAGCCUCCUAAGAAAACUUACGCUUCUAUUUUACGAGUCUCCAAAGGGCAGCCUGUGUUAUCUGCUGCUUCACAGCAUGUUCCUCAAUAUUCUUUUAAAGGUGCUCCACCUCCUUCAGAGUUCAACCACGUAGCACAGCCUGCUGUUCAGCAGGCAAGCUCUACAUCUGUGUAUGUCCCUGAGUCAGGGGCUGAGGCUGCAGAUGAAGGCUAUGGCUUAGAAGAUGAAGGUGAAGUAACCUCUGUUUAUGUGAGAAACUUGCCUGCUAACGUUACCGAAGCAGAGAUUGACCAGGAAUUUAAGAAUUUUGGCAGAAUUAAGCCAGAUGGAAUAUUCAUUAGGGUUCGAAAGGAAAUUGGAGUGUGCUAUGCAUUUGUGGAAUUUGAAGACAUCAUUGGUGUUCAAAAUGCUCUUCAGGCUUCUCCAAUUCAAUUGGCUGGAAGACAAGUAUACAUAGAGGAGCGGAGGCCAAACAGUGUUGGUGCUGCGCGGGGAGGAAGAAGGGGAAGAGGCAGAGGCGGUUAUCAAGCAGAUGCUCCAAGAGGGCGUUUUGGUGCUAGGAGCAUGGGAAGGGGAAUUAAUCAGGAUAAUUCAGACUACUCCAGACUAAGAAGCGAUGGUUAUCUUCAGCGUGGAUCACGAUGA